AUGGGUCUACUAAUCUUCUUUUACCUUAUUUCCAACUUCCAUAUUGAAAUCACCGAUGACACUCUUGAGUACUCAUAUAUUGGAAACAAUAGCGAUAUAAUUAAUGAAUGCUUGAAGCAUCAAAGAACUGAUAAUAUUUGUCUUAAUAAUGCAGUUUCAGCACAUAACAAUAAUCGGAUUGAAGAAUUAUUAAAAAAUCCAUCAAUGAGAAUAUCUUGUUUGAAUUACCAUGUUGUAAUAAAAUCAUUAAAUCUAUACGCUGUUUUUUUCCUUGCAAAAUUGGAUCUAUUCGAAAUUAUUCCAUGGUGUCCUGCAUUUCCACAAACUUUGGAAAUCUUGAAAGAAAAUGCAUAUCAUGUAAACCUUCAUGCAUAUGGUGAUACAGGAUUAACAGCACUUCAUUAUUCAAUAAUCUAUGAUAACAUUGAUUAUUGCAAAGUAUUAUUGGACAUACCAUGGGCUUCAAUUGAUUCCAAAGAUAAUGAAGGGAGAAGCUCCCUAUAUUUUGCUGUUGAAAUGAAUAAUUAUCCAAUUGCAAAAUUCCUGAUUGAUAAAGGAGGAAAUGUGAAUUCACAAAACAAAAAAGGAAAAUCUGUUCUUCGUGUUGCAAUCGAUAAUAACAAUGAAGAAAUGGUAAAAUUACUUCUUUCAAAGGGAGCGAAUAUCAACGCUAUAGAUUCAUCUGGCGAAACAGCUCUUCAUGAAGCUGUAAGACUCAAGAAUACAGAGAUGAUUGAAUAUCUCCUUUCACAUGGUGCAAAUAUCGAAGCAAUUGGUAAAGGUGGUAAGACAGCUUUUUAUUACGCAGCAGAAAAUAAUAAUCUUGAAAUGGUUAAAUUCUUAUUUUCACAUGGAGCAAACAUCAACACUUGCGCCAGAAAUUACGAAACUCAACUUUUGAUUGCAGCAAUGAGAAAUCAUCAAGAUAUCAUUAAAUUUCUCAUUGAUCACGGAGCAGAUAUCAAUGCAAUCAUCUUAUAUACGAAAAAAAGAGAUCUGACAUUGUGUCAGAUCUCAGUAAAAGUGACAUUUACAUGUCAAAAAAAUAGAAUGAGUUUAAGUAAUUAA